AUGGGGGGCCUUGCCUACGACAAUUUGCUUCAGAGUAUAGACCUCCAGAAGACGUCGCCCACGAUGCCGUACCCUCUCCAAACUGACGUCCUGACUAUAGACACCAACGUCGUCAACAAGUUCGACACCUCGAAUUCGAGAAACAUCUGCAUCUUCGCAGAGUCUGUUCGAAAGGGCCGCGGGUUAAAGAGCCUCUGUUGGCGCCUGUGGAACCGUGCAACAAUCUGCUGCGGCGAGGGGGGGCAGGCUUCCAUAACCGCGACGAUUCCACUCAAAGAGAUCCCUCAACACAACGGAUUACACGACACUCCUCCACUAUCUGGCAGUGUCGAGUCCGAGAACGACGUCGAGGCCGCUGACUUUACCCCACUGUCCGUUCCUCUCGAGACUCGCCCGAGAAUUCAGAGGCAAAACUCCUGGACGAGCAACCGCAGCAGAGACGAAGAAUGCCACGUCACGUCCGGCGACCUAGAGAACUCCGAUACGGAUUACGUUGACGAGACCGCCAUUGAUGACGACGACGCAUCGACGGGCUGGGAAGAUGAAAUCGAGGAGAAAACCAACCUGAGCAUCGGUCAAAAGACGUUCUUCCAGCGCGUCGACCCCAAGGUCAACCUGACAUCUCGCCGCUCGCUCAUCACGCUCAUGAUUGAGCAGAAGCACCACACCAGCAAGGACCUUGGCAACAUCGCCUCUCAAUCUCCCUCAGCACUCCCCUGGUCGCGCACCAGUCACCCAGCUCUUCCCACGCUGGCUGUGUCCCCCAACGAUUCGGAUGACGCGCCUCUGAUGAUGAAGCGCGGCAUUCGCUCUUCUCCUCAGCCCAUUAACGACGUGCUUUGGUCCGCCGCUCGGCCCAUCCACACGACGGCAAGCCAUAACCACUCCCAGGAGGUCCUGUCGCCCCGAACGACGCGCCGCAACAUGCUGGCAACAGAGCUGACAGAGUCUCUCUGUCGCAACCUCCUCUGGGAGCAUCAACAAAAGUCGUCGACGGCCAACGCCGUCCUCAAGAGGCGUCACACCUCGCACGACGUGGCCAACUUGAAGCAGUACCCCGAGAAGGUGUGCCUCAAGGACAAGGACAACCAGAUCCCCAAUUCCGAGUAUUUUUCGGAAUUGGCCAACCAAGGCUACAACGCCAAGGGCUGGUAG